AUGGAUGAUGAUAUCGCUGCGCUCGUGGUCGACAACGGCUCCGGCAUGUGCAAGGCCGGCUUCGCGGGUGACGACGCUCCCCGGGCUGUCUUCCCUUCCAUCGUGGGGCGCCCCCGGCAUCAGGGCGUGAUGGUGGGCAUGGGCCAGAAGGACUCCUACGUGGGGGAUGAGGCCCAAAGCAAGAGAGGCAUCCUGACGCUCAAGUACCCCAUUGAGCACGGCAUCGUUACCAACUGGGACGACAUGGAGAAGAUCUGGCACCACACCUUUUACAACGAGCUGCGUGUUGCUCCAAUUAUGUUCGAGACCUUCAACACUCCUGCCAUGUACGUCGCUAUCCAGGCUGUGCUGUCCCUGUAUGCCUCUGGCCGCACCACUGGCAUUGUGAUGGAUUCCGGCGAUGGGGUCACCCACACUGUGCCCAUCUAUGAGGGGUAUGCCCUCCCCCACGCCAUCCUGCGUCUGGACCUGGCUGGCCGGGACCUGACAGACUACCUCAUGAAGAUUCUCACGGAGAGGGGUUACAGCUUCACCACCACAGCUGAGCGGGAAAUCGUGCGUGACAUUAAGCAGAAGCUCUGCUACGUCGCCCUGGACUUCGAGCAGGAGAUGGCCACAGCAGCCUCCAGCUCUUCCCUGGAGAAGAGCUAUGAGCUGCCUGAUGGGCAGGUCAUCACCAUCGGCAAUGAGCGAUUCCGGUGCCCAGAGGCCCUCUUCCAGCCCUCUUUCCUGGGAAUGGAAUCCUGUGGCAUCCAUGAAACCACCUUUAAUUCCAUCAUGAAGUGUGAUGUGGAUAUCCGUAAGGACCUCUACGCCAAUACAGUGCUGUCUGGUGGUACCACCAUGUACCCAGGCAUUGCUGACAGGAUGCAGAAGGAAAUCACAGCUCUGGCGCCCAGCACCAUGAAGAUCAAGAUUAUCGCUCCCCCUGAGCGCAAAUACUCUGUGUGGAUUGGUGGCUCCAUCCUGGCCUCGCUGUCCACUUUUCAGCAGAUGUGGAUCAGCAAGCAAGAGUACGACGAGUCCGGCCCCUCCAUCGUCCACCGCAAAUGCUUCUAG